UACAGAAUUUCCAAAUUGUUCAUUAUUUUACCAAAAUAAGAGGGAUCAUACAAAAUGCAUGUUGUUUUUUUAUUUAGUACAGACAACACAUUUCUGUAAAAAAGUAUAAGUUAUGAGGGUUCCAUUAACGUUAUUAGUACGUUUGUUCAAAGUUACAUGGUCUUGUUCUCGAAAUGUAAGCAUAAAAGCAUGUACACAUCCCUCCACAAUGUUUGAAAAGUAUCAAAUAGAACGUUCCCGUAAUGUUUGCAUAACUAAAGAAAAAAUGUUUAAAACAUUUGAAAGCUUUUGAACAUUUUAGAGAAAAUUCAGAAAUAACUUAAUGGGAACGUUACAAAAUCCUCAAUAUUUUCAAAACUUUUUUUAUUUUAUUAUUAUUUUUUAAAUAUGGGAUAGAUUUUCAUAGAAUCUUAAAAUAUCGUAAUAUUACAUAGGCUAUGGUUAUAUUCGUCUGUGUAAUUAUAUACAAUAAAAGUCCCAAACAAUUUAACAUUGAAAAGUCAACCAGUGAACUUGUCAUCGUUUCUCAUCAUUUCGACACAAACUCCUUAUGAAGGUUUUUCAAAAAUAAAAUGUGACGAUUUUAGAUUAUCUCUCUGUUGUAAUAAAGAUACAUGGUAAUUUUCAUAGUCAUACAGCGACUGUUGCGGACUUUUAUUUUGACAGCGCGCCUGUGGUCAGAGCGUCUGAUGUUUGUGUUGUUUUUUGCUCGAGUUCAGUCUGCAGUGAUGCGGUUCAUCCGCGUUUGUUUUUAUUUCCUAAACCCAUCGAUCAUAUUAUCGUGAUUUAUCUAUCAAUAUCCAUUUUUGCUCACCGAUGGUCGUAAUAUGGCGAGCUCUUUCUCCAGACCUUCCGCUCAAGGGGCCACAGAGACGGACCGUCUGCUGACUCCCAUGAUGGGAUACGGCUCAGGCGACCUGAACGGUGGAUGUCACGGCAGCCCUCCCACCCUGGACGUGAGCAUGUCGGGGUCACGGUCGCGGGUUGAGGAAGAGGAGGAAGCCCUGAGGAGGAAGCUGAAGUACUUCUUCAUGAGCCCGUGUGAUAAAUACCAUGCCAAAGGCCGUAAACCUUACAAACUUGCCCUUCAGCUGCUUAAGAUCAUCAUAGUCACUGUACAGCUGGUGUUGUUUGGUCUCAGUAAUCAGAUGGUGGUGGCGUUUAAGGAGGAGAACACGGACUCCUUCAAGUAUCUGUUCCUCAAAGGCUAUGUGGAUGGGUCGGAGGAGCCGCUGUGUAUCCACACGCAGAAAGACGUCUACGAUCACAUCAAGUAUACCAUAGAGCAGUACCUGGCUCUGCCGCAGACGUCUGUCGGCAGGUACGCGUAUGUUCGAGGUUCAGCUCUAAAUGACAGCGCCCUCUAUCUGUGCCAGCACUACUACAAGAGAGGCACCAUCGACCCAGUUAACGACACAUUUGACAUCGACCCUCAUGUCGUCACUGAAUGUAUCGGAGUGAAUCCACCGCCAGACCCCUUGAAUCAACCCCAAAACCACUAUGGGAACAUCACCCUCAAUUUUCAAAAGUUGAUUAAUGUGACUAUCCAGUUUCAGCUGAAGGCGAUAAACAUCCAGACGAUUAUCAAUAAUGAAAUUCCCGACUGCUACACCUUCUCCAUCACCAUCCUGUUUGAUAACAAGGCUCACAGUGGAAAAGUGAAGCUGAGUUUGCUCAACGAGGCGUCCAUUAAAGAGUGCAGAGACCCCAAUGUGUCAGGACACGGGGACAGUUACGCACGUGUUGCCUUCGAUGUGUUGGUGGCGGUGGUUUGCAGUCUGUCUCUGGUGUUGUGUGGACGCUCCAUCCUUAGAGGAAUCAUCCUGCAGCACGAGUUUGUGUGUUAUUUCCGUCAGUCUCUGUGCCGGUCGGUGAGUUGGGGCGACCGUUUGGAGUUCAUUAACGGCUGGUAUCUGCUGCUCAUCAUCAGCGACGUUCUCACCAUCAUCGCCUCCUUCAUCAAGAUCGCCAUCGAGACCAAGAACCUGUCGUCAUACGAUGUUUGCAGUAUUUUGAUGGGAACCUCCACUCUGUUGGUGUGGGUUGGUGUGAUACGAUACUUCAGCUUCUUUCAGAAAUACAACAUUCUGAUUGUGACUUUACGAGCUGCGUUUCCAAACGUGAUCCGAUUCUGCUGCUGUGCUGCUGCCAUUUACAUGGGCUACUGCUUCUGCGGCUGGAUCGUCUUGGGACCCUACCACGCGAAAUUCCGCUCUCUGUCUACGGUGUCGGAGUGUCUGUUUUCCCUGAUUAACGGAGACGACAUGUUCGCCACGUUCUCGGAGGUGGAGCAGAGCGGGACGCUGGUGUGGGUGUUCAGUCAGUUCUAUCUCUACACCUUCAUCUCGCUCUUCAUCUACAUGGUGCUGUCGCUCUUCAUCGCGCUCAUCACCGGAGCCUACGACACCAUCACUCAACAAACCCAAGACGUGCCGCAUGUGUCCGAACUACACUGUUUCAUCGCCGAAUGCACCGACACGCCAACUUCUGGAAACUUCCGCAGCCCAGAGCCGUCCACAUGCUCGCUCUUCUGCUGCUUCAACUAGACAGACUGUGUUUGUGAAGGGGAUUUUGGGUAACACUGCAUUUGGCACACAGGAGAGGAGGAAACACACACUUCUUUGUUUGUUUGUUUGUUUACAGGUAAACUGUUGUAGCUGCACUGAUAGAGACGAUCUCAGCAUGCAGCUUUUUAAUGUGUUAGAAAUAAUGAGCUGAAUUUGUUUGCAUAUUCAUGAGCAUUUCAGCUUUGUGAUCAGGACUUAAACCACUAGACCAGCUAAAGGGAACUGCACCCUCUAGAGUCGUGGAGGAGUUACAGCACACAAAAUGACACACAAAUUGAAACAGGAAAACAACUUUAUAUUUCAGGUAAAUCUCAAAACCUAAUGUCCAGGUCAUAUUUUACCCUAAAAACAAAAAUUGAGAAAUUAUAUUUUGCUUAAAUAAAAUGAAGGCUUUUUCAUUACAGCUAUGGGGUUUAGCAUUUUAUUUUAGGUUGAAAUAUGACCUGCACAUUAUCUAGACAUGUUUAGAGAGUUACAGCACACAAACAUAAAUGAAAACACACUUUUCCAGCAUUAUUUUUCAGGUGCUUUGGUGAAUCUCAGAACAAAAUGUCCAGGUCACGUUUCACCAUAAAACUGAAACACAUUAUAAUUAUAAAUUAUAAAACAUCAUAAUGUUUUGCUUUGUGAGAUUAUUUUCAUGACGAUUAAAAUGUCUUUUUUGUAGUAUAAUUUGUAGUACUCUACUACAAUAAAAGCUACUGGAAUUAUUUUUCAGUUUAAUCUACAUAAAUUUAAAUAGAAAGAGCAGCAAAUACAUGACAAAAACUUUGAGAAAAAUUGUUUUGAAAAUUGUUCAUUUCUCUUUUAUUUUAGGUUAAUAUAUGAUCUAACCCUAAAAUCGAAGGCUAGAAAUAAAUUACAUUGUACAUUACAUUUACAAGAAAAUAAAGCCUUUUUAGGACCGUUGUGAAGUUUUGCUUUGUAAGAUUAUUUUCAUGACAAUUAAAUAAUUUAAUUGUAAAUGAUACUACUGUAUUACAGUUGAAGUUAAUUUUCAUGUUAAAUCUGCUUACAUUUAAGAUGCAGAUUCAAGUAAAAUAAAUACAUGACAAAUAAUUUGAGAGAAAAUGUGUUUUUUUUUUUUUUCAUAAAAAUAAUACCACAAUGCAACAGAAAUAGGCUUUGACUUCUUAUAUGCCAAACAAUAUUGUUUGUUUCACUUUUAUUUUAGGUUAAUACAUGAUCUGCACAUUUUCAGGUGACAUUUAACCCUAAAAUCGAAGGCAAAAAAAAAAAAAAAAAAAAAAAAAUAUAUA